AUGGCUUACCCAACAACUGUGCAUAUAAUUUUCAGGUAUGGAGGCAAUGCUUCCUUUGAUGGCCAGAAUGAUGGAGCCACGCUGGAGAAGAUCGGCGUGUGGGUAGGGGGCUUGAAGGUAAAUGCUGUGAGGAUCUGGCUGACCAAUGGGAAGGACCGAGAUUUCAACAUGCAAGUGAAGGCAGGAAUCCCGGAGCUAGCUGAGGUUUCCACUGGGUUCAGCUGGACAGUGGGAACUGAAGACACCUAUAAGCUGGAGAACAAAACGGAGACAACGGAGAAGCUGUCAUUCAAGAUCCAAGUCCCUGCAGGGAAGACCAUGGAGGUUGCCAUCACACUCGGUCAUGCGAAUGUUGAUCUUCCAUACAAGGGCACUGUUAAAGUCACCUGCAGGAAUGGGAGUGUGCUUCGGUUUGACACCAGCGGUGUCUACAAGGGCCUCACCUACACCAAAGGGUCAGUAGUUGUGAAGGAGGGGUCAUAAGAAUGAUUGAGCAAUGUUGCAGAUUUGUCUUGCCAUUGGGCUUGGGUAAAAUGCUAAAAAUAAAAUCGGAUGUGAACAUG